CGAUACGAGUCCAGUACUAUAUUUAGCGUUGAGCGCAAACAAAGUUACAGUGAAUUUGGUGAUAAAAGAGAAUAAAAAAAUAAUAAUAUGAAUUCCAACGAAAUUCUCGAAAACCAGGAACAAUUGUACGACCCUAAGGGUUUGGGUAGGCCACCACCAUACACAGAGUUUGCCACACCUCCACCUCCAGUGGCCCAGCCAGGACCCGUUGCAGUGACAGCACCCGUUCCAGUAAUAAUCCAACAGUCACAAGUCAGCCCAAUUCCGAUCUCAGUGUCAAUACCUGACAAUGUUGGACCAGAGGCAGUGUCCAUGAUCUGCAAGUCCUGCAACAAACAGAUCUACACAAGAGUUGAAUAUAAACCAACUACUAAUACCUAUUUGAUUGCUGGUCUAUGUUGCUUGUUGCUAUGCUGGCCUUGUGCGUGCUGCGUAUACUGUUCAGCAAGCUGUCGAAACAUAGACCACUACUGUCCAAACUGCGACACCUACAUUGGUACCUACACCCAUUAGUACUACAAAUUUGAUAAAGGAAUCCUUUAUCGAAAAAAAUGGAAAAAACAAUUUGGUUUUGGUAAUCAAAUCGUAAGAACGGGGCAAUAGGGCUCAGGUACUUACAAAUGAUUUGAUUGAACGAUGAUUGGACAAUGCACGUUCCACCGUCAGCGAAUGAGAAUCGAUAAUUCUUUUAAUCGAUUAAGAUUUGUUAUUAUCGACUGCAACUGUGAUAAAUAAAGAAUGAGUGUUUAAUAAA